UGAAAGCUGUGAUGUUUCUUCAUCAAUCGCAGUACCAUUAGGUAAUAUUGCGAUGAUAGUCAUGAAGCAACCGCACCGGCUAUGGCCACCAUAGUUCCCUAUCUCCGAUUGUUGAAAUUGAAGGAGUUAGAGGAAUAUUGUCCGCCCACGGAGAGGAGGAUAUUGACUGCAGAAUUCCUUAAUGUGAAGAUAUGCUCACCUUUUGGC